AUGACGAUAAGCAAGCUAGUAGACGAUCUUCUGGUAGAGAUUCUGAUUCGCAGCUUCCCGAACCCCAGCUCCGCCUGCCGGAGCCAAUCCGUGUGCAAGAGGUGGAAAGCCGUGAUCUCCAGCCCCCGUUUCAACCGCCGUUUCGUUUCCCACCAUCAGAGCACCAACAACGAGCCGAAACCCCCUGUCCUCGUCGCCACCAACGACCCGGAAUCGGUCGUCCGUGGCUUCGUCCCCACGCCCAGUAUUAACCGAGUCGGCGGCCCAGAGCAUUUCACGGUCUGGGAUUCCUCCUUCGACGACCUGCUUUUAUGCGGGUUCGCGGAGGCAGGUGGAAUCCGUUCCCAUCACGAAAUCUUCAGGUCCUACUUGCUCUGCAACCCGUUCACGAAGCAGUGGGCCGCCCUUCCCCUGGCGCCCGAAAGGCCCGUUGGGUACGAGAAGUUGGUCGUGAGCCUGGCGUGUCAACGGCGCAGCAGUGGUGGUAGCGUUUCUAAUUACAUCGAUCUCGACUAUCGUUUCCGGGUGGUGUGCACGUAUCAACAUGUGAACUCGAUCAAGUUGGACGUGUUUUGCUCGGAGACUGGAGAAUGGACCAAGGAGGCUCUCGUUCUUGAUGGCGUCCUCAGAUAUCAAAGAACCAAUGUCGUCUCGUGCAAUGGGGUUGUGUUUCUGCCGUAUCGUAGAGCACAAAAAAAUGAGGUGUAUUAUGAACCUUUUAUUGCGGCUAUCGAUCCUUUCCGCCUCCUCGAUGCACCUCCCACUUCAAUUGAUGUCACCACCCCGCUCUCUGGCGGGAAGCGGUGGUGGAAUAUUUCCGUCUCCAAGGGUGCUCUGCACAUGAUUGUAUGCGAAGAUGGCACGGGACCUAAAGGUGCGAGGAUUGUGUUGAGUGUUUGGAGACUAGAUGAAGAAGAUGAUGGUACAAUGAUUUGGAGGAAAGUAUGUGAUGGGCCGGUGAAGCUGGGCAAUUAUAGACUCCAAGGCUUGUGUUUUGUUGCUGCUCUACAUCCACAGAAACCGGAAGUUGUCUUCUUCAAUCAUUGGGCUAGUGAUCCUGAAUGUGGUCAACUGUCGUGCAAUUUGGGGACAGGGGGAGAGAUGGAGUUCGUAGCUGAACUGCAAGUUUUUCCUGGUUGGAGGAUGUUCCAAUUGCAACCUAAGAUUUCUGGUUGGGACACUCCAAUUCUGAAGUAUCAGGUUAUGUACGAUGGAAGCUAUAGUUGUUGGGCGCAGAGCAAACGAAGGUGA